UCGCCAGAGCAAAACGUACUUCAAAAACCACAUAAGCCAGCCACCUCUCAACUUUCUAGUCCCUCAAUUCCCUACAACUUUCUAGUCCCUCAAUUCCCUACUGCACAACCGAUAUCGAAGCCACCAUGACCAACCGAGACCCAUCCCAAAACGGCAACGACGCCAAUGCCCUCCCCUUCCCCUCUCCCCGCCAGGGGUGGGAUGAAGACCCCAUAGCCACCUACUACCUCCGCGCGCUCAACCGGGAGAUUCGGACCCUGAAAAGCGAUUACGAUCUCGCCUGCUCCUGUCACACAUAUGUCAAAAUGGCGGUGUUGACUUUGAGAUCAUAUCUCCAGGAGUGGGAAGGGUUGAUGGGGGAGAUUAUGGGGUGUUCUGACUCGGAGACCGAGGGAGAGCUGGCGAGCUCUGAGGGAGUGGGCUAUGAAAGACCGAAGAAGUUGGAUAAGUAUAGAGAGGGUUUGGAGUUACUGGAUACGCCCGACCAAGACAUACCCCCAGAUAAACAGCAUUCCGUCCCCUCAACCUUCUGGGCAGCCAGGACUUACCGCACCUACUCCCUUCUGCAUCUCUCUCUAGCAGAGACGAUGUUGCAUUUGAUGUCUCCUGGUUCGAGAGUAGCUAGGGUGGUGGUAGAGUGGUUGCUUGUCGGUGUCUUGUCUGUUCUCCCCUCUCCUUCAGGUCCCUAUUGAUGUCCUUUUCAGCCCUCCCCCAACCCUCGCAAAGAUGAGUCAAAGGUCAUCGACUAACGACACUUCGCAGAACCAUCAUCACCACAACUUUCGAGCCGCCAAAGGGAGACAGCUUUUCGCACAGAAUGGGCUGGACAGUAUUGAUGGCUGUCCUCGGCGUAGCAUGGUGGUGCGCGGUGUUUAGUGCUGCAUGGCUCGUUAGCUUGCAAAGG